CCAUCCUCUCAAAUUACGACAGAGUCCGAGAAGAAAAACAAGAGGUUUUCAUAUGAUUCUACUGCCUGCAACAUGAGAACCAGGUGCUGCUGUUUCUGUAUCUGUGUGUUUGCAGUAUUGUUAAACAAAGCAUGUCUGCAGGUCACUGUUGAAGGUGAAGUCGGAGGCUCUGCUGUCUUGCCCUGUUCUUCUAUUGACAAUCAUCUUAAAAAAGAAGAUAUAACGGUUUAUUGGAGACAUAACAGCAGCCAAAAUGUUUAUGACAUAAUUGAAGGUGAAGGAUCGGUGGAGAGGCAGGACUCGGCGUACAAAAACAGAGCUGAAACCUUCCCUAUUGAGUAUAUGAAAGGAAACUUUUCGCUCAAACUCAGUAACCUUCAAUUUAAUGAUUCAGGAAAGUACAUCUGCUACAUCACAAAGGCACAUAAAAAUCCAAGCACACAGCUUUUUGUCAAAGAUAGAGCAAACCAUGGAACAGCAACAAGAGCAGAGAGGAUUGUGUCAUUUUUAAUUCUGCUCCAUAUUCUGCAGUAUAUUUGACCUAGAAUGAGAUGUGUGAAGUGUAUUUUGUCUUGACAAGAAGUUAAGAGAUUUAUUAUAUUUUAAGUAGUUUAUUAUAUAAAAAUUUUUUUUCGUUUGA